AUGUCACUCACAGCCGUGAAGGCUGAUCCCUCCGCCGGAAUCGGCGUGGUGGCAGGCGUGGGACGAGCUGUUGCUCUCUCCGAAUCCCGGGAAUGGGCCCCACCGCCGCCGGGCAAGCGGUGUGCCACGGUGACGAUGCUCCUGGCCCAGCGGAUAGCACGCAAUGCCGGUUGCUGGGCAGUCGACGAGGAGCCCUCGUACAGUUCAAACAAGAUGAACGUCUGGCAGACGCUGGAGUACCUCUCCGGGCUUAGUCUACGCAAGAAGUACAACUACGAGGGCUAUGCGGAUACGCACAAUGUGAUCAGGACCCUGACACCAUCCUGGCGAAGGGAUAGCUUUGCGGAGAAGGCCAAGGCCGAGGAGCUGACGGGCGGUGCCGCUGGCGCAGGAGGAACAUCUGUGGCCGGAGUCGCCAAGUAUACCGAGGAACGUUCAUCGACGGCUCCAUUGAUAACCCAGGAUGCUGGCAUUCAGAGCAGCUUUCAGAGCAGCGAUAAUGUGGCCUUGGCCCGGAGUGGCUCCUCAGGACUGGGACGGAGGAGGCAACGCAGCAGGAGCAGGAAGCGGAUUGGUCCCCAGUUGGAUCCCGAGUAUGCCCUGUCGCCGGAGGAUCUGCAGGAUCUGGUCAAGUGCAAUUUCAAUUUGCCGCGCAUUAGCGCCCGCUUGGAGCGUCUGAUGGGCACCAAUGUGGUCAAGCUGACGGACCGCGCCUACAUGAAGGAGCUGCGCGAAAGGAUCGACGAGGAUUACCGCAAGCAGCUGCUGUCCCGCAUCCGGGCCAGGGAGCUAAAAGAAGUUGAACGCGAGCGUAUGCUUAUUAUCGAAGGCAAAUCAGAUGUGAUACCCGAUGAACUGGCAGACGAUCCCAUAUUUAUGGUCAACAAGGAUGCCAAUAUGGAGAUCCAAAAGGAGCGAGCCAAACUAAAAACUGCUCGUGAGAAGAAUGCGGAGCGUUUGAAACAGCAGGGCGUUAAAUGGGAACGGGAGCGACUCCAGCAUGCCGCCAAGGAGGCGGAACUUUUGGCCCAGAAACGGGAACGCCAGCGCCAGCAGAAGCUACUUGUGGAGCAGUACAGGACCGAGGAUGCGGAAAGGGGAAUGGAUCUCUUACGCAUUGAAAACGAAGACUGGCGCGAGUGCGAAAAGAGCCUGAAGGAAUUCCUGGAGCAGGAGCGGGCCAAGAUGAAGGAGCGUUCGCUGCGCGUUUCCCAGCCCUUCUCCUCGGAUCCGCUGGAUAUACAGAAUAUAGUGAGGGCCAGACAAAAAUUCCGUGAAACAGAGCUACGUAUACGCAACCAGCUGGAGGACAAGCUGAAGGAUGUAAAAACUGCGGUCACCACACAACAGCUUACGGAAUUAAUCGAGGAUGCCCACCGUGCCAGCCAGGAGGUGUUUCGAGAGCCUUCGAUGGAGGACGAUGAGUUCCAGGGCGGCGCCAUGCAUCCCAAGUACCUGGACGAUGUAACCGAUGUCUCCGAGGAGACGGUGGUCAGCGAGGAUGCCAUCAGUUUGACUGUGGCCAAGCAGCAGUAUGCCGAGGAGCUGGAGACCGAGAUGGAGGAUGAGUUCAGUCGAGGACUGCUCAUCUCCAAGCAACAGUACGAUCAGCUUCGAUUCGAGGAUGAAAAGAUUCUGGCGCUCAAGAAUGCCAAGGACAUUCGUGAGCUGUACCAGCUGGCCGAGGAGAUCAUCACGGGCGAGAUCUUCGAGGAGGCAGUGGAGGAGGGCGAGGAGGAGGAUGUGCCCGAGGAGGAGGGCGAGGGCAGUGACGAUCCUGAGCCACCGCCGCCGCCACCACCAGCUUAGGUCUUGGGAAACAUCAUCCAGUUGGAGGGCAGCAGGAGGAAUCGUUGUUCCCCCUGCUUUUCGCUUCUUCGAGUUUUACAAAGUUUGGCCAAAUAUUUUACGUUUCCCUUCCCCCGUUCGGAAACCGAAAUAUUUCACCAAAUUGUGCAAAAGAAAAUAACAAAAAACAGUCAGGACUAGCCA